AGCUCACUACCGCAUUGGACUGAUACGUGUCUCUGCACUGUGUAUCUUUCAUCAAUGAAUAUAAAUAAGCACAAUUAAUGGCGCCGUCAAAUCCUCUUGCGAAUUGGGCGCGACUAGGGGACAGUUUUUACAGGAAAGUCUCCGUGUAUGACGCUAUCUUUGACGAGGAUGUGGACUUGGACAACUACAUUGUCGCCGGCGCCCCAUAUGGAGGAGCUAUUGCACUUCAUCGGGACGAAAGCAAGCCGUACAUGUUUCGUGAUGCACAUACAGCUAGAUCAAGCAUUGACAUCUGUUCGUGCUCUGGAAAGCACAUAAAUCGCAUCAAUUGGGAACAUGGGACGAUUCGAGGGCUCGGCUGGUCCGAAAAAGAAGAGUUGCUAGUCAUCACAGAAGACGGAACAGUCCGCAGAUAUUUCGGCUUGUAUGGCGACUUUACAUCCUUUUCUCUAGGAAAUGGAGCUGAAGAAUAUGGCGUAAGAGCAUGCAAGUUCUGGAAUAACGGCUUUGUCGCUCUGCUCUCAAAUAACCAACUGAUUGCUGUCUCAAACUAUGAUGAGCCGCGACCCAAGCUGCUAGCGCCGUGUCCAGAAGGAGAAGUUUCUUCUUGGUCUUUGAUUCCGCCACCAUAUACUCUUUCUCGUUCAGUAGAGGUGCUACUGGCAGUCGACAAGACUAUAUUCUUGGUUGAUUCUUCAGAAGCAGAAGACAAAGUGCUUCAGAAUGGACCAUUCAAACAUGCAAGCGUAUCACCUACUGGUCGAUUCGUGGCCCUUUACACCGCCGAGGGGCAGGUCUGGGUAGUGAGCAGUGAUUUUCAGAGUAAACACACCGAAUAUGACCCACAAUCUCGAGUGACUCCUCGUACCGUCGACUGGUGUGGUGAUGACGCUGUUGUCAUUGCAUGGGAGGAUGAGAUACAUCUCAUCGGUCCCAACGGCGCUGCUGCUAAGUAUUACUACGAUGGCACUGUGCAUGUGAUACCCGAAUGUGAUGGAGUCCGAUUGAUUACGAACGAUAACUGCGAGUUCUUACACAAAGUUAUAGAUGUCACUGAAGCCAUCUUCAGGCUUGGUUCCACAAGCCCAGCUUCGGUCCUUCUGGAUUCGGUAGAUCUCUUGGAGAAAAAGUCGCCCAAGGCUGAUGAAAACAUACAACGCAUUCGCUCCAGUUUACCAGAAGCGGUAGAUAUCUGUGUCAAGGCUGCGGGUCAUGAAUUUGAUGUCUACUGGCAGAAGAGGCUGCUGAAAGCUGCUUCGUAUGGGAAGUCUGUCUUGGAUCUGUACAACAGCGAUGAGUUCGUCGAAAUGACGGAGAAACUUCGAGUGCUGAAAGCAGUGAGGGACUACCAAAUAGGGCUGCCUAUUUCUUAUGAGCAAUAUCUGCGACUCACACCGGAGAAGCUCAUCGAGCGUCUGGUUAACCGCCAUGAAUAUCUGCUUUCCAUCCGAAUAUCCGAAUAUCUUCAGAUUCCAGCGGACAAGAUCUAUGUUCACUGGGCCAGCCAGAAGGUCAAGGUGUCCACAGUCGACGACGAAGCCGUUUGCAAACUCAUUGUGCAGAAAUUGGAAGGCAAGCCCGGAAUAUCCUUCGAGCAGAUUGCUCAAGCUGCAUACGACGAAGGACGCGCUCACCUGGCCACACAGCUUCUGAAUCACGAACCGCGGGGUGGUAAGCAAGUUCCGCUGCUGCUGAAGAUGGAAGAAGACGAAGUCGCCCUGGACAAGGCGAUCGAGAGUGGAGAUGAUGAUCUUGUCAUCUAUGUACUCUUGCACUUGAAGAGCAAACUCCCUCUCGCCAGCUUCUUUAGGAUGAUCAACACCCGGCCCGUUGCCUCGGCAUUGGUCGAAGCGAAUGCUCGAGGGGAAGAUACAGAGUUACUGAAAGAUCUAUUCUACCAGGAUGACCGCCCUAUCGAUGGGUCAAAUGUCGUCCUAUCGGAGGCACUGAAUGCGACAGACUUACCGCAUAAAACUGAGAAACUCCUUCUCGCAUCGAAGCUCUUAUCGGAUUCUAAGGAUGCAAAAGCGGUUCUACAGCAGAAACUGCUCUCUGAAGCGUCACAAUUACUCAAGGUCCAAGAGGCUUUGGACAAAGACAUUGCAGAUCGCUCAGAGUUUGUCGGCCUCAGCUUGAAUGAUACCAUCUACAGACUGAUCAAAUCGGGCUACGGAAAACGAGCGCAUAAGAUUCAGAGCGAGUUCAGGAUGCCGGAGAAGACUUAUUGGUGGUUGCGAUUAAGAGCCCUGGUCGCUAAGAGAGACUGGGGUGAAUUGGAAGAGAUGGCCAAGAAGAAAUCCCCGAUUGGGUGGGAGCCUUUCUAUAAUGAAGUCCUAGGUGCUGGCAACACCAAGCUAGCUUCGCUAUUUAUUUCGAAAUGCACCAACCUGCCCGUCGAGGAGAGGAUCGAGAUGUGGGUGAAAUGUGGAAUGAUCGUAAAAGCCGGAGAGGAAGCCCACAGAGCAAAAGACGUCAAUACUCUUGAACUCCUUCGGGCAAAAGCUUCGGGACCAGCCGUUGCUGAAAUUGAGCGAAUGAUCAAUCAGCUCAGACCAAGAAGAUAGCUGACUCGAGAUAUUCAUUGUCUUAUUCCAUCGAGAAUCUCAAGUAAUGUCAUCAUCAACGUCGAUGUCGGCAUGCUCAUUUGCCACAGGGUUCUGCGUGACCUCCGCCGGCUUUGAUGUCCGCUUUUUGGUUGCCGGCGCACCAGCAACAUCGACCAUAGCAUCAUCGAGAUGGGUAUCAUCAUCCUGCUCUUGAAGAGCUUCGAACAUGGACCCAGAUACAUUGCGAUUUAAAGAUUCCCAGUCAGACUGAACGACACAUGUCAGCGUUAGCAUUCUCACAGACAUAGACAAGAAACCUUCAUACCCUGCGUGCUUUGACCGUUUUACCCCGGGAGACACUCUUGGCCACCUUCUUCUCCAGCCGAGAGUAGACAAUUUCAGCUCUUUCAAUGGCCGUUUGUUGUCUCAUGCGCUGUGC